AUGUCUACGCUUCACCCGCCGGACGAGUGGGAGACGCUGCCGGCCGACGCCACCUACGAGAAGGCCCUGCUGCGCCACUGCCGCUACCGGAACACGGUACUAACCAACCUGCACCUGGAGUUCGGCUGCCCGCAGCACUGGGCCCAGUUCGUCGGCCGACCUACGGACGUGGUGGUGGCCAGCUUUCCGCAGUCGGGCGGCUCGUGGCUGCAGGAGCUCGUGUGGCGGCUGGUGACGGGCGGCCAGUCGUCGGCCGGCUCCGGCGCCAGCGCGGUGCCGCAGCAGCACCGGUUCCCGCUGCUGGACGCGCCGCCCGAGAACACGUUCAUGGCCACAGUGCCGCUGGAGGAGGUGGCCGACCCGCGUAUGAUCCGCACCCACCUGCCCUACCACCUGCUGCCCAGCGGCGUGCUCUCCAGCGGCGCCAAGCUGCUCUACGUCAGCCGCGACCCGCGCGACGUCUGCGUCUCCUACUACCACUUCUCGCGCCGGUUCGGGCCGCACCUGUACAGCGGCUCGUUCACCGAGUUCCGCGACAGCUUCACGCGCGGCGAGGUGACGUACGGGCCGUACCGCGAGCACGUGCGCGGCUACCAGCGGCACGCGGCCACCGUGCUCUGCAUCACCUACGAGCAGCUGCAGACGGAGCGGGCGGCCGUGGUGCGCCGCGUGGCCGAGUUCCUCGAGCGGCCCGUCACCGACCGGCAGGUGGACGAGAUCGUCCGCCAGACGAGCACUGACGUGAUGCGCGCCGACCCCGGUUCCAACUACCACCACUGGGAGCAGGCCGGCACCGUGGCCGGCGGCGGCGACGCCUUCGAGCAGGAGGACGCCGCCGGCAACUGGAGGAAGUACUUUACGGAGGAGGAGAGCGAGACGUUCCUCAAGUGGGCCAGCGAGGAGGUCGCGUUACCCAGUUAG